GAAUCCAUAAGACGGAACACGGAGAGAGACCUCUGCCGGAGCAUGGAGGUCCAUGGAACACGGAGAAUGAGACAUUCCGUGUUAUAACACCGAUCAUCGUAUUCCCAGGACGAAUGAUGGUGUAUCCCGAGAAUUGCACAGCCAUCACUGAAAUUCUACUCACCGGAUUUACAGCUUUUGAAGGCUUCAGGAUCCCGAUGUUUGUUCUGUUUCUGAUCAUUUACAUUUUAAUUUGCUGGGAAAAUGUAUUGAUCGUCUACAUCAUUUUUAGUAGCUCUCGUCUCAAGGCGCUGAUGUUUUUUAUAAUUCAGAGCAUGUGCAUAAAUGAUCUGCUGAGCAUCUCAAAUAUCGUUCCACAAAUCCUAAAUGACGUUCUUCGGGAGAGACCGACCUUCACUGUCACCGGUUGCAUUGUACAAUCACAGAUGUUUGGUACCACCGGAGAUGUUUUAUGUUUUCACUAUGUUUUAAUGUCUUAUGACCGAUACUUGGCUAUAUGUCAUCCAUUACGCUAUUCCUCCUUUGUGAACAAUAAAAUCUAUCUGUGGGCGGUCAUUGUAUCUUGGAUAAUUUCGGCCUCAUUUACAAGUGUAAUAUCUGGUUUACUGAGCCAGUUACAAUUUUGUGGCCACAACACCAUUCACCAUUUUUUCUGUGACUCUUCUCCAUUCUUGGACCUGGCCACCUCCGAUACAACACACAUCCGCCUCUUUAUUACCAUAAUAAGCUUAUUCAUGAUAUUGGUCACAGUUUCGUCUGUUUUUGUUACAUACGUGUUUAUAAUUCAAACUAUUCUUAAAAUUCCCUCAUCCUCCGGGAGGAAGAAGACCUUCUCUACGUGUAGCUCCCACCUCACUGUGUUUUCCAUGCAGUACGUUGUCUCUCUUGGUGUCUAUGUGUUGCCAGCCAAAGUAGUAACACAGCAGCUCAGCAACACUUUUACAUUCAUAGUCUUUUUCUGGACCCCCUUGGUGAACCCACUGAUCUAUACAUUCAACAAUAAAGAGUUCCGUGCAGAAUACCUUAAAAAGGUUAGGUCAGUGCAUAAGAUAUUUUGACGUAUUACUUUGAACCAAGCAGAUCUAUGUUUUUUGCCAACUUAAAGUUGAACUUCAUAGAGGUACAGUGCAUCUGGAAAGUAUUCACAGCGCUUCACUUUUUCCACAUUGUGUUAUGUUACAGCCGGUUGGAAAGCAACAUGGUUUAGGGUCGUAGUUCUGGAAUUUACAGUCAAAGCUUGGUAGCAUAUUAGAAUCUGCAUAACAAAAGGGCUUGUCUCCAGCCCACCUGGUGUGGCUAUAAGCUUCAAAGAGAGGAGAAGGAAUACCUUGGCAUUAUCUGAUUGGACAGGAGGAAAGUGGGGGUGGUUAUGGGUGAGGGGAAUGAAUGUUAAAAGCACAUACCGAAGAGUAAGAGUUCUCUUUGUCCCUUUUUUAUUCCUGGCAUGUGAGCCUUUGGCUCGUUCCAUUUUAUCAUUCAGAACCAGCCGAUGAAACCUUGUGCGAUAAGUAUCUUUCAUGUUCUUUUGUAUAUGUACUCUGCUGUUU